UUAACACACACGACCCGCUUGCGAUCUCCAGUCACGCACGGCUCUGCAGCAGCAUGUGCAGAGAUUGCGAGCACCAUCACUGCAGUCUCUGUCCGUCUCUCAUGCUGCGUCUCUCACUCUCUAUCUGUCUGUCUGACCAUUGGUCUGUCUGAGCCAGGCACGCCGCCUGCUUGUGCUCUGUCGGCCAGAACGCCCUAGCGAGGUCGAGCAGCACAAAGAAGGCAUCUCCCGGCACCACCUCAAACCCGUCCGCCGGCAGCGCAGCAGGAGCAAGUACCUCCCGCAGCAGCCCAUCAAACCUGCAGCAGGUGAUCAGAGGUGCCAGAAUGAAUGAGGGCUCCGGAUGUGUGUAGGUGCUCACCGUGCCGUUGGUUCGAGUCGGAACAAAGGGAGCCUUCCCUCGGCCCACUUGUCCAUCUCCAGUAGCCGGUAGCAGUGCAGCUCGACAUCGGUUGCGGGCCUGGUCUCCAGACACGCCAGUGCGGCGAACCGCAGCACCUGGGGAGUCGGCUGGCCGUUGGCCGCCACACUCUGCGAUACUCUCAUGGCGGGCAUGUGCGAUGAACUGUCCCGGUAGAAGGAGGCGAGAGGGUCGGUUUGUAGAAGGCUGCCGCUUGACUCCCCUGCUAGGCCGGCCACGCUGCAGCGCUGGGUGUAUCGCGACACCUGGACGGCAAACUCCUGCAGGAGUGAAGUAGAGGACAGAUUGAUGCACUGGACAGGUGGGUGGGUGGGUGGGGGGUGGAUGUGCAUGCCCACCUUCCUGACGUGUAUGGGGAGUGAGAGCAUGCGGAGCUCCACCACGUGCAGCAUGACCUUCACUAUGCGAUCCACCAAAGACCCCUCCAUCCCCUCCAACUCGGUCGCCACCACCCGGCUCUCACGAUCAAUCGCCACUGCCGUCAGGCAGUCUAUCAGGUGCUCAAACAACGAUAUCGCACGCUGCGUGUAAGCACACACACCAACACAACAAUCCAAGGAUGCCUCUCUUUCUGCCUCUCCUCGUUCCCACCAGUCGCAUUGCAGCGCCCUUGGCGUCAGUGAUCUGCUGCUGGAUGGCGGCGGCAUAAUGCGCUGCGUGGCUCUCGAGGUCAUCUGGGUGGUCGGGAGUAGUGCCAUGGGGCGCUGUCACGUUGAGCAGGCUGACGGUGCCCAGCUUCUGCACGGUGGUGGCGACCUUGUAGAGGCAGUUGAGGUAAGGCGCCGUGUGGCCGGCCAUCCGCUCGUACAGCUCCAUCGAGGCCUCGACGUGCGUCAGGGCUGCCCUUAGGUGAGACAGCCUGUGCAGGGAAGGACGACAACACAUGUGUGCACCCCCUCACAUCACUAGGUCGAUCCAAACCCACUCACUCACUCUGUGUAUGCGUCGCAGAGCAGGUCGUGGGCAACGGCCUCUGCCUUAACGUCAGGUGGGUCACGGGCACGACAGCCCUCCACAGCCGCCUCCAGCGGACCUAUGGCGUCCCCUGGCUGCCGCAGGUUCAUGUACACCUGCCCCAGACGCGUCAUGGCCUGUGUGCUGACGAUAGAAUGGGCGCCCAACAGGUUCUGCGCGAGUAGGGCUGCGUUGCUGGCGGGGGUGAGGCACUGCUCGUUCAUGCCGUUGUCCGACAGGAGGCGCGUGACCUGAGUUUCGACCUGCAGCUCCUGCACGGUUGCCGAGCCACAGGUGUGCCUGAUCACCGCCUUGCUGGCCUCGUACUCCGAAAGAGCCUCUUCCCACAUCCCUGCAACAGAAAAGUACCAACACACAAAACGGCAUUCCAGUGCGGCUGUGUGUGUGUCCCCGCAUGCUGACUUACCCAAUUUGGCCAGGGACCGAAACACCAUGAUCAACGCUUGCGAGGCUGAGGAGCCCCCCUCACAGACAAGAAGGUGGCAGAGAGCCUGACGGGCAACCGCAUGCGCCUGAAGAAAGGGACAGAAGGAAGGAAUGAUGGAUGAUCUGGGCAAGCCGGCUCAACCCCCCCACUUCCAUCGGUGUGUGACCUGUUCGAUUUGCCCCAUGGCCAGGCAUGUGGUGCCCAUGUCAGCCAGUGCCGCCCCAAGCCGCGGAAGUGGCGCACACAGCCGCCGCACCACAUCCAGCUGCAGGCUGUUUGCAGUGAAAGCGCUCUGCAGCUCCCCGCCGAUCAGCAGCCGCCUCCCGUCGUUGGCUAUGAGGGUGCACCGCAGGCUUGUCGGUUGGUACAGCCGCACGCACGGGUAGAAGCCCGCUAGAACUGGGCAGUGGAGUGGGCCACGCCUGGUCCAGGCGUUGCCUUGCAUGUCUCGCCAGACGGCUGCAGAGUGCGGGAAGAGCUGCUGGGAAGCAGUGAUGCUGUCUGGUGACCCUGUGGUGAGAUGGAAUGGGAGGAGGUCGUCGGCGGUGACGGGCGUCUUGGCGUCGAAAUGGUGCGAGGGAGCGGUCCUCAGCCUGUCGGUGAAAUGGAUGCGGCAAUGGUAUUCUAGCGCCUGCAUAAAGGCAUGGUGGUCACAACAUACAGUGCACCGAGGAGGGCGGUGCGUUGGUUGGUGUGGCGUACUCGGAAGAGGGCUGGCUUGUAGAUCGAUUCCCUCUUGAUUGCUUCCAUCGGCAGGUCAAACCUAAUGGACGAAUUGAAUCCGUCAGUCAAUUAAUGAGACUGUCCUGUGUCCUGUCCAGGUUUGUGCAUCCGCGGAUGCACAUACCUACAUACCUCUUGCUGGCCUCCGGCAUGAUGACGUUUGUCCAGAAGGCCGACGCAUGCGAGGAGUUGCCCAGCACAAGAUUGAAGGUGUCAAUCACCAACCUGAAACACACGUGUGUCACGUACCAACCAUCCCUCCCUCCCUCCCUCCCUGAAGACACUUUCUCUGUAGACAUACCUCUGGCAGGUUCGCUCCGACACGCCCUCCCACAGCGGCUGGAUGGCCCCACCGACCGCUCCCCCGUCAACACCAUCAUCAAUAGCGACACCGCCGCCGUCUUGCCGCCCCUCUUUGGCGUGGAUCAUGCGGCAUAACACGCGCUUGCAGGUCCUCGCAACGAUGUCACGGAUGGCCGCGUCCCUCACAGGCGGCAGACAUGUGCUCGUGGCGACAGCCCCGAGGCACCUGACGUUGAGCCCGGCUGAGUGGAGGUUGCUCGUGAGGGAAGCUGGAUCCAUCAACACAAUGUCGAGCCGGUCUGCGGUCUCCACCAAAGUGGGCAGGUGGGUGUCCCGCAGCCAGUCGGAGGCGUCGAGCAGGGCGUCACGGUGGCUUUGCCGGGCCACGCCGUCCGCAUCACGACCCUGCACACAUACGCAUGCAAUGCAGAUGAGAAAUGCAUUGUCUGCUUCUUAUUGAUCGUCGCCCACCGUGUACGAGGACUCCCGGAGUGUGCACGGCAGCUGCAUGUCGGGCAGCCUUUUGAGCAGCUCCACACGCAGCCGGCGAUUCUGACACCAACACCAAUGCACAAACUCGAGCACGUCAUCGAGCGUUGAGUGCGAACCAAUCCGCGUCACACAUGCGUACCGGCCGCGCAAUCGACUGUUUCUCGACAAUGUGAGGCGGCAGCAGCUCCCCUGGCCAGCGGACGAAAGACCGCUGGUCGGCCUCACCGUGGAAUAUGGAGAGGGUCGGUGUACUGCUCGGGAGGUCAGACGCGUCCAGGGGAAGAGGCAGCCCCUGCAACGUAGCACACAGACCAAGUUGCCUACGGUCUGUUCUCUGUCGCGUAAGUGCCGUUCCAGCCUCCCACUCACCCAGCCACCUACCCGCAGUUUGAGGUGUUUGCUGAUGCAGGUGAGCUGUCGCACCAGCUCUGGGUUGGUGGCCUCAAACUCCUGCAGCAUCACCGGCACCGUCAGACGCCUCAAUGACGACAACGACGAUGCACCACCAACGCCGCGCCGCCUGCCGUCAGACUUGGCUGCUUCCAUCCGGCCGAUGAUGCGUCGGGGAGGGGGGUCGAGGUGCACCAGCGGCUCGACAUAGAAGCAGAAGCCCAUGUAGUGCACCAGGGCGGCACACGGGAAGGCAAAGCGAGAUGUUGACCCGAGCUCGAGGACGCAGUCGGCGAGGGCCUGCAUGCCCUUGGCGUCGUGCUGGUAGGUGCGCAUGGCAGCCUCCACACCCACACCCCUCGAAUCGUCCCCCAGUAUCAAUGCCAGCACCAUCCCAUCAGCAACGAAACACCGAUCUGACACACACACACGCACACACCGACGCAGACAGAGGGAGAGAGAAAAGGGAGCAUCCACGCAUUCUGUUCUGUCACGUAUGAGUGCAGCCCCGCUCACCCUGUGUGUAUCUGGGCCUGUAGUAAGCCCAUAUGUCGGGGUCAGUGCGUGGCGGCGGCAGCAGCUCCAGAAAGCCGUAGUGGAAGGGGGGAGGCGGGCGGCUGUCUGGCGGGUGGAAGAGGUGAUGCAGAAUGGUCGCCGCAGCCGCACGAGCCGCACAUGCAAACUUGCCCAUCUCACUACACCCAUCCCAUCAACACAUCACACACACACAAUACACCCAAUCAACUAAGGGAUGCUCGUAUGUGCUCCUUCUGUUGCCUACCUGAUCAGCUCCAUUUCGGCAUCGAUCAGCGUAUUGAGCGCCUCAACGUCGGCACCCUCAGCACCCAGCCGCGCGGCCCCCCUCUCCUUAGAGUGUUGACACACCCGUCUAAAGGCAUACUGGAUGCGGUCAUACCAAUUAGGUGCCGUCACAAUUCCCCUCGUCAGGCCCACAGCGCUCUCCUCGUCAGGCCGCUGCAGCUGCGAAUACAGAGGGUGCCCAUCCGGCACCUCCCAGCUGCCUGGCGGCGACAUGGCGUCCUCGGGGCUGGGCGGCAAUUCCACUGACUGCACAUCCACACCUGGUGAUGGCGAUGAGGGCUCACUUCGCUCAGCGGCCGGCCGAUGCUCGAGAGACGGCAUGGCAGCUGCUGCUGGUGCGAGGGAUGGAGUGGGGCUCUCAUCAGCACCCACACCGACGUCAGCAUCAACGUCAGCCAGGUGUGGCGCGUCAGUGUCAUCUGGCCGCGAUGACGUGUCAUCAUGGCGCUGGGUGGACUCCUCAAUGACGGGAGUCAGGUCGCCAGGAAAGCUCACAGGGGCGGGGGGCGGAGUACGUGGAGGGGGAGGCUGGCCGUGUACUCCCACAUCUCUCUUGACCAGCCGGCCUAUCGGCAGCUGCUCGUGGUCCCGCUCCAGUGCGCCUGGGAAGCGCCGCGACGGUGGGCCAUCGUCAGGGCGCCUCACGAACAGUGGCGUGGGGGAUGGAUGCUCCAGCCUCUCCAAGACAGCCGCCCUUUUUGGCUGCGAUGGCGUGACGAUCUGCCGAAUCGAGCCAGCAGCAACACGAGUGAAGGGCAGUGUCUCGGGAGGAGGGGCUCUGCGGAUUGACAAUGCCGGCUCCUCAGUGGAAGGCCAGGCCGUCCUGUGAGGCGCUGCUGCUGGUGCUGGUGGCGGUGGUGGUAAUGCCGUGGGUGUGUCCAGCUGCUGUCGCCCCUCCGACUCAUCGCGUGGCGUCUCGUGGGUGCUGGAAGGGUUGGGCGGCAGCUUCAGGGCCAUCAGAUAGUCAGCGGCAAACCCAUCGUCAGGCCUCGACGCAUCCGAUGCUCCGGCAUAGUCCUCUGUCGGCUCGUCGUCGCCACUCUCGCUCUCGCUGUGGUCAUCAUCGCUCACUGAUGGCUCAAAGACGCUCUCGGCACCACCGCCAUUGUCCUUCUCGACAGCAACCCCGUUGUGGAUGGCUGUGUAAGGCGUGUGCCGUUCUGUGCCUUCGUCUCCGCUCUCCCUGCCGCUGCCACUUUCGCUCACAGACGGUGGGUCGAUAGCGAUGGCGUUGGUCUCCGGAGCAUCAUUCGGCUCAUUCUCUGCUGGCUGCCCGACAGGCUCGCUGGGAGGGGGUGGGGGAGGGGGAGGGGGAGGGGGUGAGUCUGCGGGAGGGUUGGGUGGCGGCUGCGCCGAGUCCUUGACGGCCGUGCCGACGGAUGGCGUGUCAUCGAUGGGCAGCCUGCAGGACGGCAGGGGUAGAGAAGGACAAACCCAUGUUCGGACACUGUGUGUGGAGACAUUGUGUAUGUGUCUAGGCACCACCGCAUGCAGCUCACCCGAGUGACUUCCUCCUGAGCAUUUCCUUGAGAUGUCCCAUCGCCCGCUGCACGAACGGAUGCACACCCACAAUGCCACCCUGACACACGGACAGACCACACCACACAACACAACACCACACAACACAACACCACACCACACAGCACUCAUCAAUGACUAUGCAUUGCAUUGCAUUGCUUCACCCAUUCCUCCUCACUAAGUAAGAGAACUCACCCCAGGAAUAAACGGGACAUCGAAGUUCUGCCAUUUGGGCAGCUCCACGGACGGGAUGGGCUCGCUCGUCUUAGCGGGCGGCCCCUUGAUGCCCAGGCGGUAGUCGUCAUCCGGACACCGAAUGUCACGCACACAGUCGAACCACAUCAUCGGCCUCCCACGCUGGUCAGGCACCUCAGGGUCCGCCUUCCGCCUCUCCACCCGCCGGUCGCUCACGCUCGCCAUCCUGUACGGGCUGCUCUGGUUGCUCGUCGACACAGAUGUCUUGGGGCAGCGCGGGGACACCAACCGCAGUGGCGUGGGACGGUUGGCCGGCGUGCCCCUGCUCUGUGCUGUGACGGAUCUGCGCUUCUCGGGCGACCUGGUGGUGGUGUCCGUGGGAGGGGGCGGGGGCGGGGGCGGUGGUGGGAGGGAGGGGAGGGGCGGGUCUGUUGGUUGGGCUGGUGGUGCGGGUGGUGAUGUGUCGCCAGGUGAUGACUCCUCGGUGCUGGCAGACGAAGAACGCCGGAAGAGGGUGGAGAGCGUGAAGGACCUGCUGCGCCGCAGCUUGCCCGGCUGCUGGUGGUCAUCUCCUUCAGCAACCUCCUCAGCAGCACUCUCCGCAACUGAAAUGACCACCAACACACAAAGGGACAGGGCACACAUGUGUGUCCGCUCUGUCCGGUGUGGCUCGCGCACCCGUGUCUAGCCGGGGGCGAAACCCCGACAUGCGCCUGCGGGUGGUCUUGGCCGCUCCGCCCUCGUCGCUCUCCGCAGCGGCAUAUGGCUUCAGCGGGAGGUGGCCGUGCUGCUGCAGGUAGUCCACAAAGUCAUCAAAGCUCAAGACGACAGGUGGGGCAUCCACUGCCGCACCACUGCCACGGCGCCUCCCUCCGCCACGCAAUGCCUUCGAUAUGACGGCAUCGAGCCCGCACAGCCGCGACGAGUGAUGCUGGUGCUGCUGCUGCUGGUGGUCACGGGGGCUGUGGCGGGGCGGGGUCUUGCGUCUGACGUUGCGAUAUCUCGCGCAUUCCCUCUGGUAGCGGUACCACAUCGUCCGGAGGUCGGACGCAUCCAGCCCCUUGCUCUCGAGCAUGGCGUACGCCUCCUGCCGCUUCCGCCUGGCAGCGCGCUCCUGCACGCCCCACGGCUCCCGCCGACCCAUCAUGGCCAAGAUGGUGUGGGGAAUCCGACACCGCACCUUGGACGUGAGCAGGGGGACCGACGGCGGCGGGCCGUCUGCAUCAGGUUCCUCGAAGGACACCCGACAGCCGUUCUGCUCGGUCCAGUCGUAUGGCGGGUCGCGGUCGUCUUCCAGGUUGAAUGGCUGGGUGAAGGUCAGUGGGGCGAGGCAGCGGUGAGCGCGCUGAUGCACCACCUGCUUCAGGAUGGCGUCGCGCCAGGACUCGGCUGCGUCGGCCGAGAAGAAGCAGACCGUCAGACACCUCAUCGGCUGACCAGCGCCCAACACAUAGGACACCUGACAGCAAGGACAUCCAUCGAUGCGACGGACGAUGAAUUGCAUUCCUCGUGUUGCAGGCAUUCAUUCUCUCUGAUUCACCUUGAGCCAUUUGUCCUCGCUCUCUCUGCUGUGCACCCACUCCACAUCUUCACACUCAGACAGACAGACAGACAGGCAGCAGAUGAGAUAUGACGUCAGUCAGUACUGAUUGAUUCACUCGAUGGCAGUGCAUAUUCCGCACCUCGUAUCUGCGUGUAUGUAAUGCGCACAUCCUCUCGGCCCUCCAGGCGCGUGGUGCUGCCCGCGGCGCCGCGUUUGUUCUCUACCAGGCUGCGUGAAGGGCAGUGGAAGAAGAAACGCAGCGAGCCCUCCAGACCCAUCCAUCGCUCCUUCCAUAGCCACCUGACGCAGACAGACACACAGGCACACAGCAGCAGGGAAGGGACCACUCAUAUUUGGUUGAAACAUGGGGACCACGGCAUUGAUUCUUACCCGCUGAUGAGGACCCACACUUUUUCGCUUCCUGAAGCCAAAUCAUAGGUCUCCAU